AUGUCGGAUUAUACAAGAUCAAUCACAAGAUUCAGCCCAGAUGGACGUCUUUUCCAAAUUGACCAUGCACAUGCUGCCGUUCAGCGUGGUACUACAGUCGUUGCAACACGUUCCAAGGACAUGAUAGUCAUCGCUGUUGAAAAGACAGCUGUAGCUAAACUUCAAGACCCACAUACAUUCAGCAAAAUUUGCUCAUUGGAUAAGCAUGUUAUGUGUGCCUUUGCAGGCCUCCAUGCUGACGCUCGUAGGCUUAUUCAAUCAGGUCAAAGACAAUGCCAAUCCCAUCGUUUAACAUAUGAAGAUCCAAUCUCCAUUGAAAAUAUUGCCCGCUAUAUUGCUACUCUUCAACUUAAGAAUACCCAAUCUGGUGGUGCUCGUCCAUAUGGUGUUUCUACAUUAAUCUGUGGAUUCGAUGAUAUGACAAGCCAACCACAUAUCUACGAAACACUUCCUUCCGGCACUUACGCUGAGUGGAAAGCCCGCACAAUCGGUCGCCACGAUCAAACUGUUAUGGAGUAUCUUGAGAAGCAUUACAAGGAUGACAUGACUGACGAAGAGGCUCAGAAACUUGCAAUUGGCGCUCUUCUUGAAGUAGUUGAGAACGGUUCCAAGAAUUUAGAAGUUGCUUAUAUGAAACGCGGUGGAACAAUGGAAAUUAUGGCCGAAGAAGUUCUCGAUGCUCUUAUUGAAUCUACAAAAGCAAAAUAA